ACAGGAUACUGUCACUGGAACCCUUAGACAUCUGGAUUACCAGUUACUUCUGAGUUAUACAGUAACUCAAGAAUUGAAAGAUAUUUUUAAGGCAAAGAUACUCUCCUGACACUCAAAGGCAGCAAAAUUCACAGAGAACGUAGAAAUAACAGCAUGUACACCACAGAAUCAAAAAAUGAACAUUUGGAGGAUAAAAACAUCCAUUCAUCUACAACUCCUCAGAUCCCAAACGACAGUAAUGCUAGUGAACGUCAAGAAACUAAGGACACUGUCUUGCCAGAAAUAGAGGGAGCAAAACCACAGAUGGAGAAGGAGAGUUCUUGUCCUCCACGAGGAGCAACGAAUAAAAUUAUUACACAAGGAGUUAUACUUUUUAUGAUGUGGUGUAUAACCUGGUCACUCUCAGGCCCUGAAGUUCUCCCUGGUGGAAAUUUAUUUGGAGUGCUAAUUAUCUUUUAUGGUGCCAUCAUUGGGGGGAAACUUUUGGAACUCAUUAGAGUACCUUCUGUGCCUCAACUUCCACCUCUUCUUGGGAUGUUACUGGCUGGCUUUACCAUCAGGAAUGUUCCAUUCAUCAGUAAGCACGUCCAUAUUAGUAACAUGUGGUCUUCAACUUUAAGAAACACUGCCCUUACCGUUAUCCUAAUACGAGCUGGGCUUGGACUCGAUCCACAGGCUUUGAAGCAUUCAAAGGGACUUUGUUUAAGAAUGUCUAUGGGUCCAUGCCUUAUGGAGGCAUGUGCAGCUGCUGUUAUUUCCCACUUCCUUAUGAAUUUUCCCUGGCAGUGGGGAUUUCUAUUAGGUUUUGUACUAGGCGCUGUCUCUCCUGCUGUUGUCGUCCCUUCCAUGCUGGUUUUGCAAGAAAAAGGAUAUGGUAUUGAGAAAGGCAUUCCAACCUUACUAAUAGCUGCUAGCAGUUUGGAAGACAUCCUGGCUAUCACUGGAUUCAAUACAUGCUUGAGCAUCGUCUUUUCCACAGGUGGUAUACUGGGUAACGUCAUAGCCUCUUUUUGGGACGUACUUGUUGGUGUGCUGGUUGGAACUCUUUUGGGAUUUUUUCUUCGAUAUUUUCCAAGUGGAGAUCAGACGAGGCUUUCAUUGAAGAGGGCGUUCCUGCUCGUGAGCCUGUGCGUGUCUGCUGUCCUGGGCGGCCACCGCCUGGGUCUGCACGGGGCCGGAGGGCUGUGCACGCUGGUGCUGACUUUCAUCGCAGGGAUGAGUUGGUCCAAAGAAAAGAUGAAAGUCCAAAAGAUUAUUUCAACCGUGUGGAAUGUUUUUCAACCCCUUCUCUUUGGUCUGGUCGGAUCAGAAGUAUCUGUUGCAUCUCUUAAGUCAAAUGCUAUUGGCCUUUGUGUUGCCACCUUGAGUCUGGCGUUACUGAUUCGCAUUUCUUCUGCAUUUGCAUUGGUGUGUUUUGCUGGCUUUAGUUUCAAGGAGAAAAUAUUCAUUGCUUUAUCCUGGAUGCCCAAAGCUACGGUCCAAGCUGUAUUAGGUCCUCUGGCUCUAGAAACAGCAAGAAUCAACGCACCCCAUUUGGAAGCAUAUUCGAAGGAUGUGAUGACAGUAGCGUUUUUAGCCAUCUUGAUCACAGCUCCAAAUGGAGCUCUAAUUAUUGGCAUACUGGGGCCCAAACUUCUUACACGCUGUGAUGCAAGCAAAAUAAAAAUGGAAUUGACAGAAUUAAAACUUCAUUAAAAAGUUUAUUUUCCAUCACCUGUUUCUUUUAAUGAAUUAUCUUACAUGAGAGAAAAAUAAAGUACAAA